AUGGCGCGAGGCUUGCAAGAGUUGAUCGAUUUCUUGCUAAAUGAAGUCGCCCUUUGCGGCAGCCAAGGCGCAACCAUACAAGAUGUUGUGAAACGCAUUGAAAUUUUCUACCCUUCUUCCCAGGAUGAAAACGCGCGAUCUCAAAAUGUAGAUCAUCGCUUCCAAGCUAAGGUUUGGUCAUGGCUCACGCGUAACCCUGAAGUCUCGAUCGGGGAGAACAACCAGUGGAAUGAUCUUACUUUUGAUCAAGUUCAAGAUCUUGAAAAGUCUGCGGAAAAGAACGAAAAGCCAUCUGGACCCGAGGAAAAUGAAGACAACAAAAAACCAACUGCCUCCAAAGUUCGAAUCUUCGUCUCUAAGAAGAGGACAUGGUAUGCAGUCACCGGUCAUGAGCCUGAUGACACCAAGUGUCCAGCGUCUGAAUUUGCACUGCUCUCCAUCAUCGCCGCUCGCAAAUCCGAAGGACUUCCCCAAACAGAACUGAUCAAGCUCAGUGGCCAAGAUAAACGCUCAGUUCCAAAGAGAACCGACGCGUUGGUCAGGAAAGGGUACAUCGAAAAGCGUGCUGUGCAGGUCAAGAAUACACGUACCAGUCUUCUGAUUCACUGUCGAUUCAUGAACGCAGCGGUCGUGGAGGCUGAGGGCGAAAAGAAGGUUGAGCCUACCAAAAUGAUCGACUUUGAGGCCUUCAUUAGCCGAACGUUCGAAAUUCUCAGAACCAGCGAGAAUAACAUCGUUGGCCGUAAUGAUCUCAAAGUGAUGCUUGACUUUCAUGACCUCUGGUACACAAGAGUCCUGUCACGAGCUCUUCGCAAGUGGGAGCAAAUCGGAGUGUUGAGACGAGUGAAAGCAAAAUCACAGUUUGGAUUGAUGCAUUCAUGCGUGCAACUGAUGAGAGAGCCCACUCAGCAGGACUUGGACAAAUUCCACGUUUUCAGCAAGGAUGGCAUCGACAAAGCUGAAGAGGACCAGGCGGAUAUUGAUGAAGAAAUGGAGCUAGAUGCGGAGGAGGAAGCAACUGAAAAGCGGCAAACAGAGACAGACACAGAAACCGGCAUUGUUGAUACAGAAACCGUCAUCCAAUCUGCACGUACCGUACCAAAAUGGACCCCAGAUCGCAACCUCGCCAACCAAGUCUUAGAUGUUGUUGACCAGGCAGGAACGAAGGGAAUCACCAAUGAUAACAUCAAUCGCACGUGCUAUGGUCUUUAUUUCAAAAGACCAUCUGAGUGUCUUAUUCAUCGGCUGACUGACUGCUGGCAAUUUUCUCAACCACCUCAUCUUCGGCACAUGGCGAUUCUUCGGGAUUCGGAUGUCCAAAAAACCACCAUUCACUAUGUCAACUACUCUGCGAGGAACUUUGCAAGGAAGGUCGAUGAGGGUAGUGCGUUUUGGGAAGCAGUUGAAUUUCCUCCCGAAAAGAUCAAGGCUUCUAAGGUCAAGGUUUUCCCCGUUGAAGCGCCUUUUGAAGUCGACAACUAUGGUCUUCCCCAAAUAACAUCGCCUCUUCUGAUGAAAAAUGGAAAUAUCAAAUUGGCCCAAGGCCUAUUAUGCUGCAAACCUUCUGACUACAGCCUCACACGCAAGGAUCCAGCAGGUGUCUACCAGGAAGAUGGCUCGUAUCGUGUUCAACCAGGGUCCACAGUCGCCAUCGAGUUUCUGCCAAAAACCACCACCAGCUCUCGUAAACUGGGUCGCCCGAGAAAAUAUCCUACUCAGGUCUCACCAAGUAAGAUGAAGAUAGAGGGUUCUACGGCAGAACUCAGUGACAGCGACACUGUGAUGUCAGAAGCUUUUUCAUUUCCACAGAAAAAGCUUACGAAGCAAGAAAAAUGGAAGCGCAUGUCCAAGAAAGAGCGUUUCGAGGCAAUGGGCUGGGAUGAGACAUGGACAGAGUACAGUGCUCUUGUGAUGGAAAAACCUACGCCUGGAAUCUAUGUCACGCCUCGCGGCAAGCGCAGACCUGCAGGCAAGAAGCAGGGCCGCCCGAAGCAAAGUCGGAUAGCUGUCUUCAAAUCACCCAAUCUAUCCUCAUUGACCUGGUUCACCAAGGAUGAUGCAGACUCUGAUAACACCGAGGCAGACGAGGAGAUGCCUUCACAGCCUGUACCGCUGCCAAUCCAGGAGUCCAUGUCAACCCCUGAAGCUGCCACUGUCGAUGAUACUUCUGCUCAACCGGACCAAAUUAUUGAGGUCACUUCCAGUCGACCAAAAAGGAGCAAGAGAGAUCAAUCCCCUGGAGUUCCCGAGGGGUUGGAAACACCAUCGGCAAGCAUCAAUGGAGCUCAAAACUCUGAAGGACGACCUUCAAAACAAAGGCGUCUUCGUGGUCCCACGGAAAAGAGUGGACAGGCUACUCAAACAGGGUCGGCCACCGCUGAGAUUGACAUUGAUUCAACUUCAGUGGAGGCUCGGGAGAGCACACCGGCCACAGCUGAUGCCAAUGAUGACCCCUCAAUGCAAGUCACAAACGGGCGUAAAAUAGCUUCUCCACAAGCAACACGCAAGACUCCAAAAACACCGGGUAUGACGGAAAAGUCUAUGGAUCCUCCUAAAAUGCCAACACCAACACCUACACCAAAAUCACGACCAACUCAAACCCAAGAGACACCCAUUGCAAAAAGUAUCCUGCAAAUCAAGAAUAAUACCCCCAAAACGCAUGGCACACCCGAAAAAGGUGGUUCUGUGCCGUUCAUGCGCAGGAAGAUCGUCAUGGAAAUUGUGGAAAAGGCAGGAGGUGCAUAUCCUGGCGGCACUGAGCUUUGGCAUCCAUUUACGACCGCGUGGUUGAAAUUGAAUUACAAGGAAAAACCAGACACUCGCACCGUGAGAACUGCCGUCACUCAUCUCGUGGAAGCGGGUCUUCUCAAGCAGUCAACCUUCACUGGUAAAGAUACUCGAGGUUUAAUGGUCACCAAGUCGAUACUUUGGUUACCAACAAUGACACCUGAUGACCCACUGAUUCAGCGUAUGCGAUCGGAGCUCCUCAUCCAUGAUCGUGAUACGAAAACUCCAUUUGCUCCAGGAAUAGAGAUUACCCAGGGUCUAUCAAGAAAUCUCAACCCCGCUAAACAUUCCCAUCGUCCCAAGACAAGUGUGCCUAUAAUAUCUAGCGCUACUGUCCGGAUCAUGGACAAGCCAAUGUCAGUUCGUCACCAAGAGAAACGAGCAGAGCGGAACGUGCAGAGAGUGUUGCUGAGAAGAAUGAUGGAGGAUCAUUACGAUGAAUAUGACUCUGAAACCGACUCCGACGAGUAUGAAGAUGACGAGGAGGAGAUUCCUGGAGUACGACGACUCAUGAGGCUCCCCCACCAAUUUGGUGAGGGAUUCGGGGGAAUCCAUCACUUCUUCCAUUCCAAAUUCAUGGUCAAUCCCUUAUGGGAUCAGCCGCUGCCACCCAAGAUCAAGAGACCUCCUGGCCGACCAAAGGCAUUGUCAACUCUUUUCUCUCUAACUGGGAAAAUGGCUUUCCUGAUGAACCCGGGCCAGUUUUACCACUCGGCUUCGGGCACAUUUGCCACGGGUUCUAUCAAUCACAGAAAGUCUGGGCGUAGACGAGGGUAUUUCGCAGACAAUCGUGCCAAUGCUGACUUUGGUGUCAUUGUCGGAGACCCCGUCCAUGUGCUUAAUGCAUUUGCACGUCGGCCUAAUGAACCGCCAAGUGCGAAGGCAAAGAAUAGCACAGAUGCUCAACGAUUCUGGAGGGCCACCGAGAAAAUCCUGCACUUCGAGGUAAACCAUGAAGAUCUUUUUGACACGUUCCAUGAAGACCAUCCCUUCAUAGACCAGACUGCCCCUAAAAGCUUCUACGCGCAACCUCUCGAAGGACCGGUCCGGUUUGACUUUGACGAGCUGGAAGUUCCCAAGAAAUUCAAAGCUUCACGUAUGAAGACCCGUCAACUAAUGAGAGCCGAACGGGCCCCCAAACGUCAACGUGUAUUGCAAGAUUCUUCUGGAUCCAGGCACAUGGAAGUCCGCCCGAUUCGCCGUCGAACUACCCUGAAACCACUUCCCGAGGGCGUUAUUCGAAGAUACAUGGUUGCGAUUGUCGCAGUCCGCACUCUAGCUGGUGGAAAUGACGGAAAAUCCGUGGAUUGGGACCUCGUUCCACUUGCUUUCCCUAAUAGUGAUGCCGAAGUAGUCAUCCAAUAUGGUAAAUCCAUCCUCGCCAGAAACCGAAUGGAAAUCCUCAAGAUGCAAUAUGACUUCCAGGAGAGAUACCUGCUGGCUUAUGAAAAGGACCAGGUUCCUCCAAUCGACUAUGAGAACUUGCAAGGAUACAACUGGCCAGCUGUUGUGGAAUGGGCAAGCAUCGAGCUUGAAUUCUCCACAUCUGAAAAGGCUCCCACUCUCCCUGCGACCCGCGAACAAUUUGAUAACAUGUUCGAGCUUCGUGAAGAACAAGGGACCGUCCCAGAAGAAGUGCACGCUACGUCUGGUAGUAUCACGAGCAUCCAUCGACGCCGUCUCAUGGCCCGCAUUCCAUUUGCCAUGGAACAAGCUCGCGCUCCUCCACUUCCACACAGAGCAGACCUUCAAAACCUUGAACUAGCCAAGACAUGGGUUCGCGCCAACGUCACCACACCAGAAGAUCGCUACGAUGCCGAAGCAGCAGCAAGCACACUCGCGCCAUUUGGAAACGCCCUCCUUUCAUUAGCCACUCAAACCCUCAUGACAGACCGCGUCAUCUGUAAUGCGAACCGUGGCCGUGCCGUCCCUGGACGGAACUACAUGAUGCAUGAUUUCUUCAUCCAGGCCAUGGAGCGUCGUCGUGGCAUAGACGGGGACCAGCUUGCUCGCGCAGCUCUGUUCAAGUCUACAAUCUUAGACACUGCAUUCAAGGAAGAGGGCAGUUUCAAAGUUAGUUACCACGGCCGUGACGGUGAUUCCCUUGUUCUGGGCGAGCUACUUGCGAACGGUCACAUCGACUUGUUCCCCUGUAACCCUCCACGAGAGAAGUACGGUCUCAUGGACGGUGGAUACCUCACUCGGCAGAUGGAUAAGCUUAAGCUUCGCUUUGAAGUAGAAGCUCGACCCACAUCCACGUAUCCGUACGGAAACCCAAUCAUGGAUCUUAUCAAACUACAAGCCCCCCCUACCCCCGCCUUCGAAUUAUAUUCCACUGUGUUGUGGAUGAAAUCCGUUGCUUCUGUGCUUGGCUGUCUUCUUAUUCGGGCUGGUGUCUCGAUUGAGAGUAUUACGGUGAUGUGUAAGCCUGGUCUGAUGAAGUGGGAAGUUGAACUUUUGCUGGAGAAGUGGUUGCUUGUGGUUGGAGUUGUGAACAAGACUGUUGAUGGCGCACAGACGAGAUGGAAUCUGAAUGAGUGGUGGUGGCUUACUUUGGAGGAGAUGGAGGAGCCUCAUCCAAGUCGAGAGUCUGAGCCUGAGCCUGAGCCUGAGCCUGAGACUGCGACUGAGACUGCGACUGAGACUGCGACUGCGACUGAGAUGAUAUCUGCCAGUGGACAGUUCGACUGGCCUUCUUGA